AUGACGAGAAACACGUUUAGAAAAUGGUUGGUCGACUUAGAUUUGGAUUUUAAACGGCGAAAUAAGAAAGUAGUCUUAUUUCAUGACAAUGUUUCAAGUCAUAAAAUUGACUCACUACGCCUGACCAAUAUCAUUUUACAAUUUCUUCCCGCGAAUGCAACUUGCAAAAUUCAACCUCUUGAUCAGGGAAUUUCCUUUAAAGCCCGCUAUCGGAAGCAAGUGAUUCAAGAGGUCUUGCACUUCUUGGAAGAAGCUACACCAGAAGAAUCAUUGCUGUCAGUUUAUAAGAAAAUAAGCCUCUUGACGGCAAUGCACUUCGUGAAACGUGCCUGGGAUAGUGUCCCAAUGGAAGUGGUUAAUAACUGCUUCAAAAAAGCACAAUUUUUCCCACCUGAAGAAAUUAGAGAUGAUGAAACAGUCAUCUACGAUUUAGAAGAAUUUUUGAAUUCCGAAUUUGAAGGGUUGGGCAUGACAGAUAAUGAUUGGAUGGAGUUUAUAAAUUUGGAUGAAGAGGAAGACAGAAGAAGAGAAUACCACGACAAUCGCCGAGCAAGCAGAAGAGGACCAGGACGAUCCACCCCAUCCUCCAACAAUUAA